UCAUGCUAAUGAUUUAUAGCAGUAGCAGUGCGUCUUGUCUUCUUCUCAUCCUGCUCUAUUUAUCCUCCAGCCCCUCUGCACUCAGCUGUCAGCUCGACUUCAGAAAGAUAACACACCACACUGCUUUAAUGGGGCGAUCACCAUGCUGUGAGAAGAUUGGCCUGAAGAAAGGUCCAUGGACGCCAGAGGAGGAUCAGAAGCUGCUUGCCUACAUUGAGGAGCACGGGCAUGGGAGCUGGCGAGCACUGCCUGCGAAGGCAGGCUUGCAGAGGUGCGGGAAGAGCUGCAGAUUGAGGUGGACAAACUACCUGAGGCCAGACAUCAAGAGGGGCAAGUUCAGUUUGCAGGAAGAGCAGACCAUCAUCCAGCUUCAUGCUCUUCUUGGUAACAGAUGGUCGGCCAUUGCAACACAUCUACCAAAGCGCACAGACAAUGAGAUCAAGAACUACUGGAACACACACCUCAAGAAGAGGCUGGCUAAGAUGGGGAUCGACCCUGUCACCCACAAAUCCAUCAGUGGCACUCUCACCAGCACCGCGGACGACAAAUCAGCUAAGGCAGCGGCAAGCCUCAGCCACAUGGCUCAGUGGGAGAGCGCCCGCCUCGAGGCUGAGGCACGGCUGGCUCGAGAAUCGAAGAUGCGAACAGCAGCACCGACACCAACCUCACUCCAUGCGCAGCAAACGAAUGUCCCUGCCUCCACUGCUUCUCCAUGCCUUGACGUGUUGCAUGCAUGGCAGGUUGCAAAGAUAGACCUGGAUUCACCUACCUCCACACUGACGUUUACAGGGAGCAAUAGUGGCAUGCUGCCAACCCCCAGGAUCAACAGACUAGAGGUAUCAGAAAGCAACUCUGCAAUGUGGCAGAGGAGUGAUGAGCUCGAGGGUGAAGAAAGCGAUUGGCAGUUCUUCAGCAAGCACCAGCAAGUGCUGGGACUGGAAGGCAAGGAGAAGGAAGAGGACUUCAUUGGCUGUGAGGAGGAGUGGUUCACAGGAAUGGCUGGGGUUGGAGCUGGCUUCACAGGCAUGCUGCUUGAUGGAUCCAAUGAGCAUGACGCAUCAGAAUGCUGGGGUGAGUCCAGCAAUGGCCAAACUGAGCACAGCAACCAAGCAUCAGAUGAGGAGGACAAGAAUUAUUGGAAUGGCGUCCUCAGGAUGGUGAACUCAGAGCUGCCACCCCAGUCACCCCCAUUGGUCUAGAAUAUAGUCACCUCCAGUUUUUUUUUCAAGGGCUUCUGAAGAAAAUCUAGUGGAUCAUGACAAGUCAAAAGCGAAGCAGAAAGAGCGCUACAAAUAAAUGCUACAACUGCUGCAACAGUAUGAAUUUUUUUUCUCCAUGCAUGUGAAAGUGAAAUAAUUAGCUAUUGUGUGGAUGCAGUAAAUAAAUUAUAUCACUUUAUGUCAGUUCAUCUUUUGUUGGCCUAGU